AUGGAGGUACUCCGCUCCAUCCUCUCUUGCUUCUCCUCCCGCUCCCGCACCCGCGCCCGCGCCCAAUCCCAUCACGGCCUGUGGUCCAGCGGGGCCAGCGACAAGAACAAGUCCAUGGUUGAGCAGCUGCAGAGGUACGGGGUCAUCAGGUCGACCAAAGUCACGGAGGUGAUGGAGGCCAUCGACAGGGGAUUGUUCGUGCCACCUGGGGGCACGCCGUACCAUGAUAGCCCCAUGCCGAUUGGGUACAAUGCCACAAUAUCGGCGCCACACAUGCACGCCGCUUGCCUGGAGCUCCUGGAGAAGAACCUUCAGCCUGGAAUGCGAGCUCUCGAUGUUGGGUCAGGCACUGGAUACCUAACUGCUUGCUUUGCGCUGAUGGUUGGACCAGAAGGGCGAGCAGUUGGUGUUGAACAUAUCCCAGAAUUGGUUGCUACUUCUAUUGAAAACAUCAAGAAAAGCGCAGCAGCCCCACAUCUAAAUGAUGGAUCCCUCAGUAUACACGUUGCUGAUGGCAGGGAAGGUUGGCCAGAGCUGGCACCCUAUGAUGCCAUCCAUGUUGGAGCUGCAGCACCGCAGAUCCCAGAGGCGCUGAUUGAGCAGCUGAAGCCCGGUGGCAGAAUGGUGAUCCCUGUCGGGACAGUCUUCCAGGAGCUGAAGGUUGUGGACAAGAAGUUGGAUGGCACGGUCGGCAUAAGAGACGAAACGUCUGUUCGAUAUGUGCCCCUCACUAGCAAGGAAUCCCAGUUGCACGCAAGAUGA